AUGAAUGAAUUAUAUGAAUUAGUAUAUAAUAAUAUAGAUAUUACAAUUGAAUCUUUUUAUGAUUUAAUUAAAAGUUUAUAUAAUGAUGUUGAUUUGGAUUUAUUUAAACAAUUAAGAAUUAAUUUAAUUAAUUUUGCAAUUGAAAAUUAUAAAUAUUUAAAUUUAUUACAAAAAUUUAAACAAUUACCUAUUUGUAUGAGAGAUGAUUUAAUUGAAAAAAUGUUAUCCAUUCAAUUUAUUGAUAUCAUGAAUGAAAAUGAUCAAUUGAAUGAAAUUGAUAUAAAUGGUAAUCUUGACGUUGAUAAUAAUAGUAAUAAAAAGAGGAAACGUAAACAACAAGAUGAAAAUGUUUCAAUUCAACCAAAUUCAAAAGAAAGAAAAUAA